CCGAGCGCAUGCGCGUUGUAAUGUGGGAAUUUCCAAUAGUUGAGGAGGCGUAGCUAGCCACGGCUAGCUCUUGCUAAAGCUAGAAGACGGACACAAUCAUGCAUGUGUCUUCAUGAUGAGUGACCUUGAUCUCUGCGCGUGCUGAAACCAAGGAAUGGAAUACAUACAACUCUGCACUAACAGAGCGUGAAGCGAAAGCUACUCCUGACCUCAUCUUAAACGACAUAGGCCUGUUUGUCUGGAAACAAGUCAGGCUAUGAGCCAAUUCCAGAGAUGCCCAUAAGAAGGCAUCCCUACAGGCUGCAGCCUAGCUACGCCAACUGAAAGCACAACUGCGUCUCUUGUUUAGAGUAUGUGCUGCUGAUUGGACGCAACAUCUCAUUCCUCUACCACCUCUACAAAACGUUGUUAACGUUGAGUUUGUACCAGCGUGUGAAGUGAAUAAUGGUCUCGAAAAAUGGUGCUUGAAUGUAGCAUCCUGGUGCAGGGUGUGCUAAAAGGGGCGAGGCUCUCUCAGAAAAGUAUAACAGCUGACUGAUAGUCUGCUGCCGAUAAUGGAUGCUAAGUUAAAAGAGGACCUGUUUCGGAGGUAUGUGACAGCACUGGAGAGGCGUCUGGAGGAGGGAGGGGAAUACACAGGGAUUGGAACUGCCCCAGAGGGGGACAAAAGAAGACACAAGGACAGUGAGGCCCUACUCUCCACAGCCACAGCUCUGCUAGGGGCCUACCAGCCAGAUCCGGCACAACGUUUCCGCAUGGUGCAUUUCUAUGAGGUGGUUGAGAACUCACUCCGCUACCAGAGAGGGGCUAACCUCAAGAGCCUGGAGAGAGCCUUCCACACCCUGGAAACCAUCUGCACCAACAUCUUGCUCUUCCCUUGGAAGAAGGAGUUCAGGUGUAUAAAGACCUUCACUGGCCCAUACGUGUACCAUCUGCAGUCUGCCAUUCCAGAUACUGAACUGCGAUCUCUAAUGCACACCAUUGGCUAUGCCUGUGACCAUGAUUCGCAGUUCCAUUUGCAGGAGCACCCAGGAGGCGCAAAUCAUCUCCGCCAUUUGGCGUUUGAGCUCUUCCUAGCCCAGGCAGAGUGUCGUCUUCUGGGAGAGGUAGUGGCUCUGGCCCGUGGUUCAGCCUCAGAGUUGGAGGCCCUGGAACUCCGUAGAGGUUGCAGAGAUGAUGCAGCUGGCUGUGCUGAGGCGCUCCGCAGACGUGACAGCCUUGGGGCAGAUAUGGCUCGGCUGUCUGUGCGGCCGUUGGAUAUAGAGAGGCCUCAUGCCCACCACCUGAGGCGAGGUAGCCGACCAUCUAAGUCUGUGGAUGUUACAGAUGGGGCUGGUCACUGGCACGCAGCAGUUAGCAAGCCUGUCUUGAAGGCCUCAUUGAGUCUGAGGAAGGAGCCUCUAUUUGUGGAUGCAGAGGAGGAUAUGAAGGAUGAGAUCAUCAGACCCAGCACAUCAGCAUCUCUCUUCUCUGUGGUAGCUCCACCUUCCUAUAGCCCUGUUGCGGAUUUCUUCCCAAUUCAGUCACCUCCCCCAGCUGAUGCUUACACAUCCUACCACCUGUCAUCUUUGGAUGAGAUUGACUUGUACACAGAGAGGGGUGGCGCUGGGACGGGAGGAAGGCAAACUCCCUCUCGACCGCCAUCCAGAGAGCCUCGGGAGGCAAGGGAUGGGUGGCUGCUCAAAGCUCAUGGUAGUGUGAAGUGUCAGGGUUGUGGACUUGGCUGCUCAACUAUGGCUUCCUGCCAGAGGUGUGACAUGAUCCUCUGUUCUGCUUGUCAUGAUGUGGAUCCCUCCCCUUGCUGUGGCUUCCAGGACUACCACCCCAAAUCCCCGCGACCCCUUGAUGGAUACAUCCCUGUCAAGGAAAAGCUCUCUGUCUACUCUAAUACUCACUCCCACUCCCAUCUACACCCGCACCCCCUCACACUGACUCACUCUCACUCUCACCCCCAUCCUCACCCCCAGAUGGUGGAAAAACCGCUUGUGUCCACUAAGCUGUUUCCAAGCAAGUCUGUUGCCUUGACAACAUCAAAGGGAGGCAGCAGUGAGAGAAUAAGCAUGGGGGGAUCGCGGUGCGGGUUUUGCAACAAGCCAGGUGCAUCACAUACCUGUGUGAACUGCUCUAAGGUGUCAUGUGACUCGUGCAUGGGCUUGUAUGCAAAGGAUAUGUGCACGCGAAAGAAUCCCCAACACAGCUUUGUGCCCAACCAUCAGCUCAACUUUAAAUCUGGCACCAUAUCUCACCUGGUGUACCGAUGAAUCAGGCAGACAGAAUAUUUUGUUUCUCCCUUGUCGCCCCCCCCAUUAAUCCGUGGCGUAGUCUUGCGCUAUUGCUUUAGUUCUGUUCCCACUUAAACAACUCAUUCACAAUCUUCCCUUUUAUCUGAUUUCCUUUUCGCUCUCUCUAACAGUGAACUUGAACUUUGUACAUUUUCUGUUACUGUCAGUAGGACCCUGGAAUGCACAUGCCACAGAGAGCCAUAUCGUGCGCCCAUCUCUCUGCCUUGUACAAGUUCAGGCCUUUUAUCUCUUUCUUCUUCCUUUUACCUUGCUACCAGCUCUUGAGUAGUCUUGUGAUGUUGUAGCGCUUCCCAAAUUCCUCAUAUUUUGUCCUGCUUAAAAGGGAAACUAGAGAAAAGUGUUUAAUUUCUUCGCAUCUUGAAUGAAUUCCGUCCAAAUGAACAUAUAUACUUUGCCUAACUUCUCAGCUAAAAAUUCCUCUAAUAUAUAAAUAUAAAUAAAUAAAUA